AUGGCAACAGAAAAAAGUGUUCCAUGUGUUUGUUUGCUUUGCUGUAAUAAUAAUAAUAAUGGUAAAUAUGUGAGUAUUGCCACCCGAACAAGUCACCGACGAAGAGAAAUAACAUUUAAUAAUGAUGUAACACCGCUGUUAUAUGAUAAUGAUAUAAUAGAUGGUAGGUUAGAUACUGAUAACAAAUAUGACAAUCAAAAUAUCGACUUAGAAAUAAAUCAAAUAAAUCAAAUAGAUGAUACAUCAACUAAAAAUGAAUUAGAAUUAAUAAGUGAAGUAAGUGAAAAUAGUGAUAAAGAAGAAUAUAUUAAUAUAAUAAGAGAAGAUUAUGAAAAAGAAUAUGUUAAUAUAGAGGAUGGUAAUGUUAAUUAUGAUAUUAUAGAGGAUGAUGAUGAUGAUUAUGAUUAUGAUGAAGAGAAUAUGGAUGAUUAUGAUGAUUAUUAUGAUUAUGAUAGAGAGAAUAAUUAUGAUGAUGAUGAUGAUUAUGAGGAGGAUGAUGAUAUUAUAGAAGUUGAUGAUAAUAAUAAUAUAAAUUUAACAGACAAUUUAAUAGAGGGACUUCAGCUUCUUUAUUUUAAGGAACAUCAUACAAUUUCGGAUAAAGCAUUUAAUCAAAUCUUGAAAGUUUUUGGUUUAAAAGAUAUUUCUCUUUUAAAACUUAGAAAAAGAUUAAAAAAUAUCGUUCCACUUAAACCAAAACUUGUAGACAUGUGUUGGAAUUCAUGUUGUGCAUUUAUUGGAAAAGAUGCAAAUUGUGAUGCAUGCCCCACAUGUGGAGAACCACGGUAUAUAUCUGGAGAAGAACCAAAGCAACCUCGAAAGUUAGCUGCAUACUUUUCUGUUAUUGAUAGUUUAAAAAUGCAAUACAAAGAUCCAUUCCGAGCUAAGAUUCUUCGAUAUCGACAUGAAUAUACAUCAAGUAAAGAAUACUUAUCUAAUAAUGGUAAAAUUGGAGAUGUGUUUGAUGGCAAUCGGUAUAAGUCUCUAAAACCACAAGGAUAUGAUGGAACUAAUUAUAAUCCAGAAAAUUUACCAAUGCGUUCACAUACCAGCUAUCUUCAAGAUAUUCAAGCAAUAGAAAAUGAAGUGGGAAAAGCAAGAAUUAGAGUACAACGUGAGCGAGGUGUAAAUGAACGUAGUAUCUUAUUAGAAUUGCAUUCUAUUGAUUUUCCUGCAUCAUUUCCAAUCGAUAUUAUGCAUGAACUUUUUGAAAAUAUAGCUCCACUUAUGUUUCGUCAUUUCAAUGGGAAAUUUUUUAAUAAUGAAACACUUAAUAAUACUGAUUAUAUGAUUUCUUCCAAUAGCUGGAAGGAAAUUACAAAAAUAAUUAAACAAAAUCGAAAAAUGAUGCCAAUGGAAUUUGGAAGAUAUCCUCUUAAUAUCAAAAAACGCCACUCUGCUUUUGAAGCAGAAGAUUGGUAUAAUUGGAUAGUUUUAUAUUCAAUUCCGCUCCUUCAUAACUAUUUACCUGAGAAAUACAUUAAUGGGUGGGCAAAAUUUGUUAAAGCAACUCAACUUUGCCUUGAACCAGUCAUUUCUAAACAAGAACUUGAAGAAAUUCAAAUACUUUUUGUUGGAUUUGUUCGCCAUUAUGAAAAAGAAUAUUAUCAAAGAGAUUCCGAUAGACUACCAGCAACUCUUAUCAGCUUUCAUUACCUUUUACAUAUUAUGAAAUCAAUUCAAGAAACAGGUCCAGCAUGGUCAACAUGGAAAUUACCGAUGGAAAGACUAUGUGGUAUGUUAGCUCAUUCUUAUCAGCAUCCAUAUACAAAUUUUAUAGAUCAUACAACCCUGUGGACACAAUUGGCGCACUUGCAAUACAUUAAUCAGAAAAUUUUUGGUGAUCAAGAUAAAACUAAAAUUCUACCAUUAGAACGUGCUUUUAGUUUUUCAAUAACUGAAGAGAAAUUACAUUCACCAUCUCAAAAGUGUAAUUUGACAAAAAUAGAAAUUCAAAAGGUUAAGCAAUAUUAUGCAACUGCAUUGGAUUUAAUGAUAAAUGAUGUAGGUGAAAUCAUUGAACAGAUUCAAAAAUAUGGAAAGCUAAGAACCAAAUCUGGAUCAUUAAUUGGCUCAAAACUUGUUAAACGUAAAAGUAAUGUUGCUCGUAAUAACUAUUCAAUUGCUGCAAAACUUUUAGUUGACAAGAAUGCACAUCUACCAAGUGCGCCUUUUGACUUUGAAGAGCGGGAGUUUUAUGGUCAAGUUUUAUACUACUUUGUACAUGAAUUUAAUGAACAGUUAUCAAUGCUUGCUUUUGUAAAUUGGAUACAAAGCCCAGAAAUAUUAGGAAAUAAUAUACAAUUUUUUCAUAACUUUGGGGAAACAAGUGUUAUUAGUAUAACUGCUAUUGAUCGUUGUGUAGGAUUUCUUGAAGUAGCUGCAAAUAAGCACAUUAUAAUUGAUAGAGAAAAUCGGGUACAUUUAGAUAAUGUUUCAUUAAAAAAAAUUAAUUAG